GGUUGUUCAAUAUAUUUUAUUAGUUAUAUUUUAUUGUGUUUAUCUUUUAAUUAAUAAAAUGAAUAUUUUAAUUUUAUUUUUACUUUUAAGCAUGUUGGUUUACGUCAUUACAGCUGCUGAACUUGGUAUAUCAUCAUGUAAGUAUUUAGGUGAAACUGAUCCCGACAAUAAACGUUGUCACAUAGAUGCAGUGAAGUUAGCUAAAAUUUCAGCACCAUGUACAGCAUUUAUAUAUGAUGGAGUAACAUGUGAUGAAAGUUUUUCAAUUGGUCCUUCCUAUGAUCUAAAGGGUAUAGACGUCAUAAAAAAUCUUGUAGAUUUUAGCACUAAUGUAUUUUUAUAUUAUGGUCAUAAAGACAUACAAGCUUGGUCAAAGGCACUUGAAAAUGAAAAAGAUUUUAAAGAAGUUCCAAAUAUAAAAAACUUUGUUAUCGAAUUUCCUGUGGCGGGAUUAAUUUUGAAAAAUAUGGAUUAUGAUUAUACAAUUACUCAAGAUUUUCAUAUCCCUGCCAAUUUUUUUGUUCAUGUAUUUAACUAUGUUAAAGCAAUUAAAACUGCAAUUCCUGAUUUGAAAGUUGGAUUGCAUGUGGAAGCACUAGGCAUGAUGUUUUAUGAUGAUAAUAGAACGUCUUCGGAUUGGUAUGAUUUUACAAAAUUAAACGAAGUUAUGGAUUACUAUGUGGUUGGAUUCAAUAAUUUUAAUCCAUGUACAGAUGAUUUUUUAAAUGGUGGAAUUGUACCUUUAGAUUCAACAAAUCCUAGUGCAUAUACCUUAUAUAAAUUUAAAAUUGCUUUAAGUGGAUCCGCCAUUGCAAAGGACAAAGUUUAUUUUGAAUUUUCAGUAAAUCCUACAGUGAAGGCAGAAAAACAACAAGAUUUUAUCCCAUGUGAAAUAUCAUAUAACGAGUAUUGUGAAAAUCCAACAUAUAAAGAGUUCAUGUGUGUCGAUAAUCAGGACUCAUUCUUCGAAAAAGGAAAAUUUGCUAAAGAAAAUUCAAAGGGAUUCAUAGCAAAGUUUAUAGAUUUAGUUGAUCGCGAUCUAAAAUGUGAAUGUAAUAGUGAUAAGUAUAUAGCGUUUACUAUGAUGUUAAAUGGUUAUAAUAGUCAGGAAAAGGUAACCUGUGCUAAAUUAAGUGGCAGAUGAGUAAUUGAAUUAUUUAUUAUUGUCAAAUAUUACAAUAGCUGAUAUAUUAUUUUUUUAUAAAAUAUUUAUUUGAAUGAAUACCAAACUAUUGUCUUGUACUAAUUAAAACAUAAGCAUUUAAGUAUUUGAUUAUUAAAAUUAUUAAAUUGUGUACUUAGAAUAUAAACUUAAUAUUGUAAUGGGCAACUAAAUUUGUAGAAAAUAUGAAUUUGCCGGGUAUAAUCCAAAUAUUAGUUUUAAAAUACUUGUAAGAUAUAAAUAUAAUAAUCUUUUUAAUAGAUGGAGUAGAAUUAUAAACGUUAUUGACUGAAAUCAAAUUUUUUCAAUGAAAAUCCUUGGGUUGCGAUGGAUGUGCAGAUAUGGACCAAUUGUGAUUAAAAUGGAAUUUAUAUAGUUAUUACUUUGUUAGUUACUCCCAUAGUUUUCUCUAAUUUAUAACUACAU